CAAGAGACACGCGCACGGCGGGUGUGGCGUGGGGUCCCCGGCUGCAGGUGGUGCCGGGGCGGCGCAGCUCGAUGGAGCAGGUCGAGGGUAGCAGCUGGUGGGGGCACGGCAAGCCUCACGGGCCAGGUCAAGGGCAGCCUCCCGCUCUGCGCGGCAUCGAGGAGCGAUCCGAGGGGAACAGCAGCAAGGAUAGCAGCGCCAAGGGUAGCCGGCAGGGCAGCAGGCUGGACAGCGGAGCCCGCCCCGCGCCGCUCCGCGUGUCGGGCUCGCUCGACGGCGUCAACGAGGGAAGCGCGGGCGGAGGGGGCUGCUCCUCGCAGCCCGGCCGCAGCAGCGCGGCCGGGUCGAGAGUCUCCCAUGGAGUCUCCCCGGCCAUGGCCGCGCUCGCGCAGCGGGGGACGACCAACUCUCUCUCCUCGGAGGAGAGAGGCGAGAUCAAGUCAGAGAUCAAGUCAGAGAUCAAGUCAGAGAUCCAGUCGCUGUCGACGUCCGGACUCAUGCAGGUGGAGACGGAGCGCCUCAAGCGCGAGAUCCGUCACUCCUUGGCCGCCUCGAGCGCAGCUUCGGAAGCCCGCACCAGCGAGGCGCACUCGCCCAAAGAGUUGCACUCCUCACUCUCCUUGCAAGGAGGGCCGCCGCCGCCUGCCCGCGCCGCCAGCAAGACGCCGCAGCGACCGGCGGUGCGCGGGCUGCCCGGCACGUCCCGCGAGGGAGCUCGCCUCGCCGCAGCCGACUACGGCGACGUCGAGGGGCUCUGCUCGCCCUGCAGCGAGAUCAGCGUCGUGCCUCCGUCCUCCGUCUCCGCGCUCUCAGUCGGGACGGUGUCGCCCGCACCGUCGCUGAGCGGCUUCUCGCCCCCGCACAGCCGAGAGGCGUCGGCGCGCGCCCGCCGAAAGCGCGGAGGUGCGAACCCGCUGGCGUCGGGCAGCAUAUCCAGGGACGCAUCGCUCGGCCGCUCACAGCGGGCGCUGCGCCAGCCGCCGCCGGACCGGGCCAUCCAGGGCCUUAUCCAGUCGACGGCGAAGGCUUCCCUGUUCCGCACGCCGUCGAAAUCGGCGAGGUGAGGCGCUUUCAUGUGGCCUCAUCAUGUGUGUGUCUCUUAUAUCGUGGUGGUUUGGUUCGCGAUUUGAGGGGUGUUGCUGACUGUGAACCGAGUCCGAGAAACAAGUGUGCUCUGAUGUGUGCGGCGCACAGAUGAGUUUUUCAGUACGUGUCAGUAAAGUAUAGCUACGUGUA